GCUUGGAAGGUUUGCUGCUUCUGGGUCAUUACUAUCCGGCUUGUCCAGAACCGGAUUUGACAAUAGGAACUAGCAGGCCAUUCUGACAGCAGCUUUCUCACUGUGCUUCUCCAAGACCAAAUUGGCGGUCUUCAGGUCUUUUGUGAUGAUCAGUGGGUUGAAGUGAAGCCCACAGCAAAUGCUCUUGUUAUAAAUCUGGGAGACUUGAUGCAGUUGAUCUCUAACGAGGAAUUCAAAAGCUCUCAACACAGAGUAGUUCCUAAAUCAAUAGGCCCCAGGAUUUCAAUAGCCUGUUUCUUGAGACCGCAGCGGCUUCCUGAGAACUCCUCCCGAGUUUAUGGCCCGCUCAAGGAGCUGAUAUCGGAUGAGAAUCCCCCGGUUUACAGGGAGACUGCCCUGAAGGAAUUCAUUGAACAUUACUAUGCUAAAGGGCUUAAUGGGAAUGGGAUCUCUGCCCUGGAGCAUUUCUGCGUGCUCUUUCUUGAUUGUACAAUGAUUGAUUGGCUCGUCAAUGAUGCCCUGUAUAUGGAACACGACCAUUCAAUAUUGAAAGCUCGUCAAAGCAAUCCAAAAUUGACCAACUUCAUACGUUUGAAC